GCGGGCGGGCGCUGGGCGGCUCCGAGGAGCUCGCUGUCCGAAAGUUUCUCCGUCCUUCUGCUGCUCCGGGGAGCGGGACUUGAGCGCUGCGGGACCCGCCAGGUCCGGCAGGUCUACGGAAAAGGAGACAGGGGCACUACACAAAAUACGCCGAAAAAUCAAAAUCUGCAGCCAUUUGCAGCUAGCCCCGAGGCGCAGGAGGACAGACAGGCCCAUGGCUCUCCCAGGCUGUGAGAAGGUUUUGCUCUGACCACAGUCCCCGGCUGCUGUGCCAGUCUCUCCAGUCCCCUGUUCUACCCUGAGGCCCUUGGCUCCGAGUCACCAUGGGCAGCGUCAGCAGCCUUAUCUCGGGCCACAGUUUCCACAGCAAGCACUGCCGUGCUUCACAGUACAAGCUGCGUAAAUCCUCGCACCUCAAGAAGCUCAAUCGCUACUCGGAUGGGUUGCUGAGGUUUGGCUUCUCCCAGGACUCAGGGCGUGGCAAGUCCAGCUCCAAAAUGGGAAAGAGCGAAGACUUCUUCUAUAUCAAAGUCAGCCAGAAGGCCCGAGGCUCCCACCGCCCAGACUACACAGCCCUGUCCAGUGGGGAUAUGGGGGCCCAGGCCGGGGUAGAUUUUGACCCAGCCACCCCACCGAAGCUCAUGCCCUUCUCCAAUCAGCUGGAAAUGAGUUCAGACAAGGGAGCAGUGAGGCCCACUGCCUUCAAGCCUGUGCUGCCACGGUCAGGAGCCAUCCUCCACUCUUCACCUGAGAACAGCAGCCACCAGCUUCACCCCAUGGCUCCGGAUAAGCCCAAGGAGCAGGAGCUGAAGCCAGGCCUGUGCUCGGGGGCACUGUCUGACUCAGGCCGGAACUCCAUGUCCAGCCUGCCCACCCAUAGCACCACCAGCAGCUACCAGCUGGAUCCUCUGGUCACCCCCGUGGGGCCGACGAGCCGUUUUGGGGGCUCAGCACACAACAUCACACAAGGCAUAGUCCUUCAGGACAGUAAUAUGAUGAGCCUGAAGGCUCUGUCCUUCUCUGAUGGGGGCAGCAAGCUGGCUCACGCCGGCAAGGUAGACAAGGGCUCCUCGUGUGUGCGCUCCCCACUCUCCACGGAUGAGUGUGCCAUCCAGGAGCUGGAGCAGAAGCUGCUGCAGAGGGAGAGCGCGCUACAGAAGCUGCAGCGCAGUUUCGAUGAGAAGGAGUUUGCGUCUGGCCAGGUGUUUGAGGAGCGGCCGCGGCGCAGCAGGGACGAGCUGGAGUGCCCGGAACCUAAGAGCAAGCUGAAGCCAGCCUCCCAGAAGAGCCAGCGGGCGCAGCAGGUGCUGCAGCUCCAGGUGCUGCAGCUGCAGCAGGAGAAACGGCAGCUGCGGCAGGAGCUGGAGAGCCUAAUGAAGGAGCAGGACCUGCUGGAGACCAAGCUGAGGUCCUAUGAGCGGGAGAAGACCAGCUUCGCCCCUGCACUGGAGGAGACCCAGUGGGAGGUGUGCCAGAAGUCGGGUGAGAUCUCUCUUCUGAAGCAACAGCUCAAAGAGUCCCAGAUAGAGGUGAACACCAAGGCCAGCGAGAUCCUCAGUCUGAAAGCGCAGCUGAAGGACACCCGGGGCAAGCUGGAGGGAAUGGAGUUGAAGACACAGGACUUGGAGAGUGCCCUGCGCACCAAGGGGAUGGAGCUGGAGGUCUGUGAGAACGAACUGCAGCGCAAGAAGAACGAGGCAGAGCUGCUGAGGGAGAAGGUGAACCUUUUAGAGCAGGAGCUGCUGGAGCUUCGGGCCCAGGCUGCCCUGCAUCGAGAUGUUGUGUCCCUGGGGCCCCCAGGGGUUGGGGCCACUUUCUCAGAGGACAUCCCUGCUCUGCAGCGGGAGCUGGAGCGGCUGCGCGCUGAGCUGAAGGAGGAGAGGCAAGGCCACGACCAGAUGUCCUCAGGCUUCCAGCACGAGCGGCUGGUGUGGAAAGAAGAGAAGGAGAAAGUGAUCCAGUACCAAAAGCAGCUGCAACAGAGCUACCUGGCCAUGUACCAGCGCAACCAGCGUCUAGAGAAGGCCCUGCAGCAGCUGGCCCAUGGGGACAGUGCUGGGGAGCCCUUUGAGAUUGACCUGGCCGGGGCUGACAUCCCCUAUGAGGACAUCAUAGCCACUGAGAUCUGAGGGGCUACCUGGGGGAUGGAGGGCUGGGGACUGGAUCCCAGAAGCAUGGAGGGCGGAGCCUAUUCAGAGGCAUUUUAAGCCCCCCUGGGAGAAGCCACCUCUUGGGCCCAGGCUCAGGAGUCCCCAGUGGUGGGAGGGGUCACCACAUAGCCUUUCCUCCCCUCCUGCCUUUUUCAGCCUAAUGAACCCUGCUGCUUAUUAGAGCUUCGUCUCUGAACCCCACACUCUUCUAGAGAUGUGUUCAGGGAGCUUUCUGUGCUGGUUGAGGUUCCCCUCAACUUUGGCCUUGUUCAUAGUGAGAAAGGCACUCCACCAGGGAAGGGAGUAACUGCCAUACAGGCCAAACGCCACCCAAGGACCGAACCAUCUUACCUGUCAUCCCUAAAUCCCUGUCAUCCCCUGGGCAUAUUAGGAUGCUUUGGGGAUAGAAAGAAGCCAUGAGUAACCGAAAGCCUUGGGCACUGUCUUCAUUGCAGCCUGGACUUCUCUGUCUGUGGAGGUUGGAGGGCUCGGGUUUCCACAGAGUUCAGCAAGUCAUUUGAGGAAGGCGUGGAGGGACAGUCCACCAUUACAGAGCCUUCACAGGUCUUAAGAGGUCUGAGUGGGGUGUGAAGAGAGAGAACCAAGGCAGACAGCAGAGUCAAGGAGUCAAGUCUGAGAUGAGCUGCAGAGCCCUGUUGACCUCAGUGGUCACUUUUUAAAGCCAUAGUCAUUAGGGUCCCGGGUGGGGUGCAGGGAAAUGCUAUGAAGCAUAGAUUGCCAGCUGUUCCAGGGGAGCCUCCUCAUUGGUCCAGCGGAGGCAAAAGCAGGGGCUUCCCUGAAUAGUUCAGUUAGCCAGCAGCCAAUCCCAAAGGGUUUUCUUUCCUGAACAUCAGGCUCUUGUUUGGAUGCAUGAUAGCCCAUCCGCAUAGUUAGUGCGCACGGGAGCUGGACGGUAGCCUCCCUUGCCUGUAGCCAAGUAAGCAGCAUUGCUUGCCCUCCAGCACCUUCACCAUUCUGUUCUGAGUGUGCAUAGGCUGGGAAGGUGCAGCAGAGGGCUGCAGUCCAGGCAGUGGAGAGGCGGGCGCGCCCAGAGCCUUCUGAGUACCCCAGACCGCCCACUUUCCUCCCUCUAUGCGGAACCCCGAAGUGUAAAGAAUCAGCAUAGACAGCAAGCAGCAAGUGAACCCGUGGCAGCCUGAAGACACCCAGAGCUAGGGGCAGGGGCAAGUACAAUUGCUUCAUUCAAGGAAUUAUUUUUUUUCUUGCCUCCCCCCUUCCAUUCUGUAUUUCCCAAAGCAAGCCAGAUCAAGCAGGCAGCCAGGCUGCUCCAUAUUCUAUUUUUGGCUGUUACCACAGCUGUUGUUGGUAGGAUACCCAGCCCUUGCUGAAUUCCUGAGCCAUGUGCUUGCCUGGUGGGCAGAAUCCAGGGUUUAGGAGAUGUAAGUGAGGGUCUGGGUGCUUGGCAGUCCAGGAACCAACCCGAGUUGAGUUCGACCUCCCUAAUGCUCGCCCAUGGACCCAGCCAUAGUGACCUUGUCCUCCCUUGCUAGUGUCUGCAGGCUAGGAACCUCCCCUGCUGAUGGCACUGCUUCCCAUUCCUGGGGUUCUGCUGGGCCUCUCCUACUACUGACUUUCAGUGACACACUGUUCCCUGUUCUACCACAGCCAGCGGUCACAUGCUCAAUUUAAAUCUGGAAUCUACAGGCCAAAGAUGACAACCCCACUUGCAGGGUCAUACCCUCCACUGAGCACAGGUCACAGCCCAGUUAAACAAGUUCAUGGCCCUCAGUCUUUCGUUUUCUACCAGUCCGUGCCUUGUUCGACUUGUUCUUCCCACCCAGACUGUCCAAAAGAGGGAAAGCAAGACGGGUUAGCUUUCCUUCCCCAGAUUGGAGGACUCCAUCUUCUGAAAGAACAGCCAGGAGCCCAGUGCUGGGCCAUGGAGUUCUUGCCCAGGAAGAAGCGAGUGCCAUGCCUGGGGCCGGCAAUCAAGCACAAAGCUUGCACUCUGGAUCCUUAUGGGGUGCCCUCUACACACAGGGGUUCUUUCUGCUCAAGUCGCUGGUGGCCCUGCCUCAGUUUAUCUUUGAGACCUGUGCCUGGGACUUGUCCAACAAUCAAGAUGGCAGAUGCUCUCUCAAAACUGCUACCAUCCCCAGAUCCCAAGGUAGUUUCAAGAUGCAACCGUACUGUAACCUAGUAACCUUGCCUUCGCGUGGGCUUUCUUUCCUUCUCAGUCCUGAAGCCUUCUAUUUUGUGGUCCGUGCCUAUGUCAGAAGGCUCAGGUUCAACAGUGACUGAGCAGGGACACGGGGGUGACAAGUAGCCCUCCAUGCUUUGUCUCUCAGAGCCAUACUGUCCUCCAGAGGUUUGGAAAUGUUGCUGCUUGCUGAGGAAGAACACCAGCUAGCACAAGGAAGGGUCUCGUAGUGCCCUGGCCCCCAUGGACUCUCUCCUUUCUCGGUUCUGUCUUGCUCAGUUCUCUAGGUGCGCUUGAGCUUUAGCAGGGGGACGUCUGUGGGUCUUGCUGAUCCUCUGUGUCUGGCCCCAGCCUGGGUUGUGUCUCAGGUGAGAGAGAUGUUGAAAGGAGAGCCAGGCUGGGCCAGUGAUUUCUCCAGCUCUUCUCAGAUGCCACACAGCAGGCCUCAGCACCCCUAACUGGAGCCUGUUUUCCCCUUUUGACCACUCCGGAGCCCUUGGCGGAGGCUGGCUUCAGAUGGGCUGGCAUUUAGAAGACUAUGUACAUAGUUGUUUUUCUCUUCCUUGUUUCUGGUUUGCUAUGCUCUUGAUGGCUUCAUUUUGUUUUAUUUUUGAAGUUCUAUGUUGGCUCUAUAAACUAUUUCUGGUAAUUUUAUGUUUUUAUUUAUGAAUAAAGAAUGCCAU